AUGUCACACCCAUUGAGCUGGCCCUUCAAAUACUACUUCUACCCUAUCGGAAACACCUCAGCCAUUUGCUUGACGCAGGAUCUUCCUGUUGAGCAAGCGGCCGACGUGCUCUUACUGGGAUGUGGUGAUGCUCGAAACGUCUUGUACACCAUCUAUGCAGACUUACGUUCGCGAGCUGACGGUGCACGGAGACUCGAUUUCACUUGCUGCGACAUUGAGCCAGCUAUCCUCGCUCGCAACAUCCUCUUGUACACCCUUGUGGGUUCCGGCAAGCCUCUGGACGACGUUUGGAACAUCUUCUAUCACUUCUAUCUCGAUGAUCGGAGCUACCAGUUGCUCGAAUCCCAUUGUCGUCUUCUCGCAUCCGCGUCCGAGUCGAUGCAGAGCUGGCAGAAAUCGGAGUUCGGGGCCUAUCUCAAGAUGUGCAACAGCCACACGCUGGCAGAGAUGCACCGCCACUGGAAGCUCUAUGCUGCGUUCUCCACAAUCCCUCGAGCUCGGCUCGACCACCUACACGCUGAGCAGAAGAAAUUGACAAAAGAAGUGUUGGGCAAAUGGAAAGUUAUCUUGUCGCAAUACUGGAGGACGGGCACUACAUUCUCCGCUGCACAAGACAUCGCUAGCGCGAGGAAGCUCAAUCCCUCGUUCGUGUAUAACAUAUACGGCGAGACGUUCGUCCCCCACUACGGCACUUUCCCUCCACAAACGUUCCAUCUCACUCAGCCUUCGCUCCUGUUCUCCGCGAUGGCCAAGGCACUCAAGCCCCUACCUCUAUGGACGUCUCUCAUCAUUCGCUUCUGCGUCGGCGAUGUACUAAGCUUUUGCAAAGCAUUAGACAGCAACUCGCAAGGCAUCCCCGCACGCCUGUUCACGUCCGCUUUCUCUGGUCACGCUCUCGAACUUGACGGCCAAUCCCCAUCUCACGCCUUUGAUGUCAUCGACACAUCGAAUCUAAUGGACCAUAUUGGAUUGAUCAAUCUCCUCGCCACAACAAAGCCUUUACUCAAGUCUCUCUCCACGUCCGUCUUGUACACGGAGACGUUACUGCCUGAUAGGGAAGACGCGACAGCGGCAUUGCUUGGCCGCUUGUGCGGGGACGUCUCGACCAUCUCUCUGCUCGUUGGACUCGCACCGCGCACGUACUUAUCGGGAUUCAACACCCACUCGAACGUCCACGAGUUGCUGUUUAACGCCGAAGCUAGCAAGCAGUUCCACGAGCGCAUUGCCUGGUGUUCCCCCUCCGCUAGCGAUGCGCAGGGCUGCCACGACCAGCCAGUCGUUUUCGAUUCCGCUGAGCUCGGUGCCGUGCUCUACAACGUCUAUGAUCAGAUGUGCGCCGACGAAAAGAUCGUCGAAGCUCUUCGCAACCCAGGUCUGCGAAGUCUGCACAAGGUAAUGGCACAGCAGCACCACGACCGCGCCAGCUUCGCUCAGCUGGUGCGCCUGGCAACGUCUCGCGUCGUCCCUGGCGUCGGUGGUUGGGAGACAGCAUUCGACGUGCUGCACAGGCUGGUGCAGGAAGACCGCACGCGUCUCGUGAACUUGAAUAACUACCAAGAUUUUUGUUUGCAGCUCCAUCUCCACGGCGUCGCCACGACGACGCCCCUCUCCCCGAUGUGGAGGUCUGUCGUCGCAAAGGGUGACUUGGAGGUGUUCCGCGGGUGGGACGAUAUCCCUCCUGUUGUCUGCGUCCUCCUCACUGUCCCGCAACGCCGCCUGAAAAUAUUCGACGACACGAAGAACCUGGGGUCGAUGCCAUUGCUGUGUCACUUACUCUCGUCGCUCGACCACGACAACGUGUUCGCCUGUAAUAUGCACGCUAUGCCAGGGCGAGUGGAAAGGUCACCCAAUUCCCCUUCUGCUGCCGUCGUCGUACCGGAUGAACGAGACGUCAAGGACGCGCCCUCGCUAGUCUUAUCUUUCCUGGUGCCCGCGUGGCUGCUCACAUUGCCGGGCACAAAGGUGAUGUUCGCCUUCAAGGCCACCCCGCCCGUCACUUUUUGUUUACAGCCGAAGCUCGGUCCCUUUCUGGAGAUCUUCUCUGCGCCUUUGACUGACAAAACGCACGUCUGUGUCACUAAACAGAGGCCAGGCACUUUCACGGACCCCCGCGCCUCUGAGGUUCUGCGCCAGGUGCCGCACGCUCGUGCGCCGUCCGUGAACCGCGUUACGAUCAAGAUGGACGACACGUUCAAAUGCAUUGCCGCGAUGACGCUCAAGCUCGACCUAGCUGCGAUAGGUUUCUCAGCGCCGGUCGCGCCCUCACUUCCGAUCACCGCGAAACAGACGGCAGCGUGCACGAUAGAGGUGGCUGUUGGCGAUCAGCGCGGAUACGCUCAGUUUCCGUUCCCCGUUCGCGGGAGCGAACACAGGUUGCGUGUUGCGCGGAAGUCGUUGUAUGUAGAGGUCAUCGUGCCACCUUUCUAUCCGCCGAAGGGUACAAGCCAGACCUUGCCAGGGAAUAUAUUCCCGAUCAUCAAGACGGGAGGACUGACCCCUUGGAACGUUCAUCAUGUCAACCUGGACAUAGCACCCGCGAUUGACUUGAACAAGAAGAUAGACCCUGACUGGGUGGCUUUGCACGCCACCCUGCAGUUCUCCGAGCGUGAACUCGACAUCGCGCAAAAGCUGGAUCCGUCCUCCAUUCCCGCUUCUUCCGCGCUGGUCGGUCUGAAGCAAAGCAUACAGGAUAUGAUCAAGGUCUUUUCCAGCCCCAUACAUACCGGGUCCCGCGUCAGGAUAUUUCGACUCGUCCAGCAGGACACGAGGGAGAUAGUCUUGCUGAUCUUUGUCCAUCACUUACGUCUCGACCUCCCAUCCUUCACAUUGCUCAUGGACGCCGCCGUGGUCCCGCUCGACGAAGCCAUCUCCGCUGCUCACAACGAAACCAUACGCUUGCUUCCGAAGUCUCCCGUCAUCCCGACCAUCCCCAUCACGCCUGCGGAAGCGGUCGCCUGGAAGCAGCUUCUCCCUGCCGUCGUCGAGCGGUGCCGAGCAUGGGCGCACGGCCCCAACUGCGAAUACGCGUCCAGCGGUCGGAUCCCCGUCUCCGUCGAGCCCGGCGCCAUCCCGCUCUGCGGGUGUGGACGCGGAUUCGGGAUUCCAGACGUCAUGCCGGACGUCCCCGUGGAGGUGUGGCGGGCCCUCCGUCCGUUGGCCACGCGCGCGGCGAUCUCCCCGCUCUUCGCGGUGUCGUACCUCGAGCCGGUCAUCGCUGUUGGGAAGGCCGCGAGAGCGCGGGUCACAGAGGUGCGUGCACGCGCAGGAAGCGUGGCUUCGAAAAUGCAAGAUGUCGCGUCGGGUGACGGUGAAGGGGCGCCUGCAGGUGCUGCUGCGGAGAGGUGCAUUGCGUGUGGUGGGCCCGGGAAGCCGAAACUGCUCCUGUGCGGGAAGUGCAAGCGGGCGAAGUACUGCUCGCCGGCCUGCAACAGGACGGAUUGGAAGACCCACAAGCUGAUCUGUCGCCCGGUGUAA